GCACGAUGCCUCCGGUUUGUUUGUGUUCUUUCAUGUAUCUCACAGUCUGAAUCACUACACGACUGGUUCAUUGUCAACAAGACUGGUUCAUUGUCAAUAAGAUAAGACAUGUUCAUAUCGGGGACAACAUACUAGGGUAAGAAGGAUUCUUUUCAAUCUCCGCGUCUGUUCCUUCCCUUGUCGGGUUACAAACACUGCAUGCAUCUAAUCGCCUGCAUGGACCAUGCAUUGUUCUUGUAAAAAGGCUUUAGGCACUCGCUGCAAAUAAGCACAGUCAGGGACAUCUUGAAUAUGGACAUGCAUCAGGCUUCCCAUGGCUAUACUCAGAGUCUAGUUUAACGAGAGGAAAUGAGAGGAAAGUUCAUCGGGUCAACCUAUAGCUAUGGAAUAAUAACACUGAAUAGAGAGCUCUCAUCUUCCGAAGGACACCAUGGAAGAGUAGCCUAUCUACUCAACAUGUUGUCCGACCAGUGACGGGGUGGGAGAGCGGCCAUUCGACCUGCAACGUGAGAGGACAGCUGACUCGACACCGUCAUUCAGAUAUUGCAGAUGGAGAAGAACUGUGUGAGUGUCGACGCCAUGGCUGAACCUGGAGGACGUCGACGUCGUUGUUUCAACAACAUCCUCUGGUUCACUGCCGCGUUCAGUGUGUCAUCCCUGGUGCUGGAGGCAGUCAAGUACCACACUGUGUCUCAGAUCACCUCUUUGGAGAAGCAGUUUGGACUCAGCAGUACAAGAAGUGGCCUACUCCUAAGCUGCAGCGAAAUCGGUUAUCUUUCAGCUAUUUUCUUCUUCAGUCAUUUUGGGGGAAGGCGCUUUAUACCUAGGAUCCUGUCCUGCGCACUGGCUGUGUAUGGCCUUGCUAGUUUAAUGUCGGGUCUGUUACACUUCAUGAGUCCUGUAUCGCUUCCUCGUGUCGGGGACCUCGGCUCCAACUAUUCCUCUCACAAUGUCAGACUAUGUCAGGAUUCCGUGCAGGACAAUGAGCGAUGUCCAGCUACGAAGGACCAAGCGACUGACAACGGACAUUGGGUGUACAAUGUGCUUGCCGUGCUUAUGGUGAUACAAGGGAUGGGUAAAUCCCCACGGUUUUCCCUAGGUUUACCGUACGUUGACAAUAACUCCCGUGACAAACAGCAGUCGAGUUUACUGGCAGGCAUCAUUAUGACAGUGACGUUCUUCGGUCCAGCUCUUGCACUUGGCCUUGGUGGCGUUUUUAGCGCCAUACCUGUUGAUUUUAGUGAGACCCAGAUGGAUCCUCUUCACCCCCAGUGGGUCGGGGCAUGGUGGCUCGGGUACCUGGUAUUUGGAUGCGCAGCCAUCCUUCUUGCUGUACCCUUGGGCUGCUUUCCAAGGCACAUUAAGAAACCCACAAAAAGACAAGUAAACGGCAAACGCCACUCCCUUAAGGAGGAAUUAUCAGAUUUACCCAAGUCAGUGGUGCGAGUGUUGCGGAACCCAGUGGUUGCUUGUCUCCUGCUGGGAAACUGUUGCGUUCUCUUCUUCGUGGGGGGAAAUAUAGCCUUCGCCCCAAAAUACAUAGAGAACCAGUUUGGGACACAGACUUCCAAAGCCAACUUUAUAGUGGGUGUAGAAGAACUUCUUUGGGCGACUGUGGGCACUCUGCUUGGUGGCAUCCUCACCAGCAAACUCAAGCUGACCAACAGAGGUUGUGCGAAACUGAUCAUGAUAGUAACCUUGGCCGCUUCGGCCUGCUACACCCUCACGCUGCUAUUCGGAUGUCCGAAUCCCAGUAUCAAGGGUCUGGGUGAGAGUAGGCAUAAUAUGACCAGCGCUUCCUACUGUGGGUGUGAUGCGGAUGAAUUCAUGCCGCUGUGUGGAGCUGACGGCGAGACGUACAUCAGUCCAUGUAUGGCUGGAUGCAAAUCUCAAAAUGGAACUACAUACACGGGAUGUAGUGAGAUUCCUGGUGACGAGGCCACAGCGGGCAGGUGUCCGACAGAGUGUCCCUACCUUUACCCCUACAUCAUCGUUGACCUGGUGUCCGGUCUAGCGGGGACUGUCUCCAUUGUUCCUAUUCUCAUGACCAUCAUCAAAACGGUCCAACCACGUGAUAAACCCAUGGCUGUCGCUUUGACGUCAUUUCUGAAUGGGCUGUUAGGUUUCCUCCCGGCGCCAAUAGUAUAUGGAAAGGUCAUUGACAGCUCGUGUAUAUUUUGGCAGACAGUUUGUGGUGAAGUUGGCGCAUGCGCACUUUAUGAUCUUUCAAGCCUACGGUACCGUGUGAAAUCAAUGGACAUUGGACUACAAUCACUAUCGGCUGCUGCGUACUUCGUGGCUUUUCUUCUGUUUAAGUAUGGAGUCGUUGAGGAAGUCACUUCAUCGGAUGCAGCAGACGUUCAGAUGGAAUUGGCAGAAGAGAAAGUAUUUCUUGAUAAUGAGUUAACACGAAACGAUAAGUGGUCUUAGUUUCACGUAAUACCUAGUUAUUUUGUGCAUCUUUUUCUCGACAAUGUGACACAUUUUAGUAGACUUAAUAAGACAAGACAAUUUAUUCAAUAUAGAGGCCACUGUCCCAAAAUACAGACAUAUACAAGUUGCAUUUCUAAGUGCAUUUAUUUAGAGCUACUAGUAAAAAGUAUUAUUUUAUGGUAUGAGGAAGACAAAUAUAUCCAUAUAGCACAGACACACAUAUAUAGCACAGACACACAUAUAGCACAGACACACAUAUAUAGCACACACACAUAUAGCACAGACACACAUAUAUAGCACAGACACACAUAUCAUUUUUAGUAUUUUGACAAUUAAGCAUAUUGAGUGGUAUUAAACUUAUUUCUUAAUGUUGCACAUUAAAUAGAUAUAAACAGAGA